AUGAACCAUGAUACUGUUCAAGGGAACAAAAACCUGCAGGUUCAGUUUGUACCUGAUGAAGAUGUUUUGGAGCAUAUUAUUGAUAAACAAGAAGGAACAAGGCUAAGGAGCAGCACAAUAGCUCAGAAAAUUGCAAAUACUAAAAGCUUGAUUAAGAAAGAACUGUAUGCUGAGAGUGAGGCUGUGGAUAACUGGAAGGAAAAGGACUAUGUGGAUGUGUUAGGAGUAAAUACUGAAGAUAAUUUAGAAAAUGGCCCUGGAACAGGAGGAGGCGAUGUCUACUCAUUCCAUACUAUGAGACGCUCAAACAAAAUGGCCCAGCUCGCCUCUGAGAUGGCCAGGACUCCUGGUAAAAGCGUCACAUUUUCUACAAAAGAUAGUCCUGAGGAAGCUGUCAGCCCACCUCCAAACAACAAAAAGCAAUCCACAAUUAAAACAACUUCUAAGGGAAGCAAAAAUGAAUUUAUCUCCACAACACCGCAUAGGCUGAGGAAAAGACUGUCAGCACCAGAUUUACGGUCAGACAGUGAGAGUGAUUAUUCUGAUUCUGAUGAAGAGAUUGAAGAAAAGCCAGCCACUGCUAAAACACCAAGUAAAGGAUCACAAACGCCAAGCAAAGGAUCUCAGACUACUGGGAAAACACCAUCCAAAAAAGGAAAGACAAAAAGCAACCUGGUGGAAGAGUACUUUGAAGCUCACAGCAGUUCUAAGGUCCUCACGUCUGAUAGGACAUUGCAAAAGCUCCAGACUCCAAAGCUAGACCAGGAAACAUUACGUAAACUUUUGGAACAGACCUCAACUACCUUUGCUGAUGAUCUUUACUAUCUAAACAAAAAGUAUGAAGAACUUUUCUACAAGUGGAUGUUACAGCUGCAUCUUGGUUUCAAUAUCAUCCUGUUUGGUUUGGGCUCCAAGAGGAAUCUUAUAGAGACAUUUAGAACAUCCAUGCUACAGGAUUCUCUCCACAUUGUCAUCAAUGGAUUCUUUCCAGGCAUUACAAUUAAAUCGAUUUUAAACUCCAUCACAGAAGAGGCUUUAGGUCACUCUGGGACUUUUCGCAGCCCCUUGGAUCAAAUGGACUUCAUUUUACAGAAGUUCAAAGACAAUUGCUCCUUGGUACUUUAUCUUCUCAUACAUAAUUUGGACAGUCAUAUGUUAAGAGGAGACAAAAGUCAACAGGUCCUUGGACAACUGGCUUCAAUCUCUAACAUUCACCUUCUUGCAUCUAUUGAUCAUAUUAAUGCUCCUUUAAUGUGGGAUCAGUCAAAGCAAAGCCUGUAUAAUUGGCUAUGGUAUGAAACUACAACAUACAGCUCCUAUGUGGAAGAGACAUCCUAUGAAAACUCAUUGCUGGUUAAACGUUCUGGAGCUCUGGCCCUUAGCUCCCUUACUCAUGUGAUGCGCAGUCUUACCCCAAAUGCCAGAGGUAUUUUCCGGCUUCUGGCAGAGUAUCAGUUGGCCAACAAGGACAACCCUUCAUACCAAGGACUUUCAUUUCAAGACUUUUAUCAGCAAUGUAGAGAAGCUUUUCUUGUCAACAGCGACUUAACAUUAAGGGCUCAGCUGACUGAGUUCAGAGAUCACAAAUUGAUACGCACAAAAAAGGUACGUUUUAUGGUCUUCUGGUUGUGUGGUCCAGGCUAUUUAGCUGAUCGUAAAGUAUACUUUCUAGUGGCAGUGGAUAAGAAGUGCAGGCAGAACAUUUUUAGAAGUUAUGAUUGCUACAGGAAAUGUGUAAAUAACAGAUUUUUUUUUUUUUUUUGCCAUAUGAUGCCCUGUGUUCAAUACAGAGAUGAUUGGAGGUCAGAAAAUAGCCAAUGA